AUGCUCACGGCUCGCUAUGCCCAGCUAACAGUCUCCGCAGCAAUACCAGUUCUAAACGUUGGCGCGUAUUUGACCUUGACUGAGCAAUUUAUCCUCGGGGUCCUCGUAGGAACCCUAAGCUUUGCUACUCCUUCACUCGUUGCAGGGGCAGUGCCAUUCUCAUUUGCCAGCUUCAUCCUCUGUGGCCUAGGCUAUGCGUUUGCUGGAGCUCAGCUAGUUGGAUUCCUGGGUGUUUUCAAGGAAAAGACGACGCUCUUUCGUCGUUAUGUCGCCAUUAACAUGGUUGUGCUUUACGCGGGUUUCUCGGUAGCCGCCACCUACAUCGCCAUCUCUGCUGCCCGUCACAAUAUCGCUGUGGAAAAGUGUAAAAAGGACUUUUUUACCGAUAGUUCGACUAUAACCGCUGGCUCUGAAGAGGGGCAGCAGAUUUGCAACAUCUUUUGCUGGGCGACCCUUGGCGCCAUGGGCGCUUUAUUAAUCGUUCUCUUUAUUGUUCAGACGUAUCUCGCAAUCGUCCUCUCGAAAUAUGGAGCAUCGCAGCGAGAAGAUCAUACGAAGUACCACUCUAUCUACUCCACCCACGAUGGGGGUAAUAACAUCAUGCUCAAUGACGUUCGGGCAGGGAACAAUGGUGAUGACGAGGCGUGGAACUCCAGACCGUCUACCGACAGCUGGCAUCCCCGUGGUGAGACCGCAUACCGGGACGACGAACCAGGACCAUCGAAGAUUCCCUCGCGCACCGACAACGGCACCGGAUAUGGAGUGGGCAUGGGUUACAACGUUCCUCUCAAGCAAGCUUCCGUCGAUCAAGCAUACUUGGAGCACCCAUCCAAGGCAGAAGAAGCAGAAGAACCACCCAAAAAGCACGGCUCAUCUUAUUAUGACCCACCUGAACUACCACCGCCACCACCGAGCUAUCACGAUCACGAUUCACCGAAUCCGGGGGUACCACUUCCCCCAACCAAGUAUCAGCUCAAGGAUGGAGGAUAUCAAGAUCAGCCGUUUAACCCAUACCAAGCCUCUACGAGUAAAAUCUGA